AUGAAGAAGUUUUUCGACUCGCGUCGGGAGCAGGGUGGCUCUGGCCCCGGAUCGGGCACCAGCGGCGGGGGCAGCGGGCGGGGGGGGGCCGGCGCGGGGCAGGUGUUCAGCGUCGGCCGGUACCAGGUGACGGUGGACGAGGUGCUGGCGGAAGGUGGAUUUGCGAUAGUGUUUCUUGUGAGGACUAACAAUGGGAUGAAAUGUGCCCUGAAGCGGAUGUAUGUCAAUAACGAGUACGACUUGCAAGUCUGCAAAAGAGAAAUCCAAAUUAUGCGGGAUCUAUCUGGCCAUAAGAACAUUGUCGGAUACAUUGAUUCCAGUAUAAACUCAGUAAGCAGCGGUGACGUGUGGGAAGUGCUGAUACUAAUGGACUUCUGUCGAGGAGGUCAGGUGGUGAACCUCAUGAACCAACGCCUGCAGACAGGGUUCACAGAGAAUGAGGUCCUGCAGAUCUUCUGUGACACAUGCGAAGCCGUAGCCAGGUUGCAUCAGUGUAAAACGCCAAUAAUCCACAGGGAUUUGAAGGUUGAAAACAUCCUGCUGCAUGAUCGUGGCCACUAUGUCCUGUGUGACUUUGGAAGUGCUACUAACAAAUUCCAGAACCCUCAAACAGAAGGGGUGAAUGCAGUAGAGGAGGAGAUCAAAAAAUACACUACGUUAUCCUAUAGAGCACCAGAAAUGGUCAACCUGUAUAGUGGCAAACUUAUUACUACGAAAGCAGACAUAUGGGCCCUUGGCUGUUUACUGUACAAGCUGUGUUACUUCACCUUGCCGUUUGGGGAGAGUCAGGUGGCAAUCUGUGAUGGCAAUUUCACCAUUCCAGAUAAUUCUCGGCACUCGCAAGACAUGCACUGCCUCAUCCGGUAUAUGCUUGAGCCAGACCCUGAUAAGAGACCUGAUAUUUAUCAGGUCUCCUACUUUGCGUUCAAAUUGGCAAAGAAGGAAUGCCCAGUCCAGAACGUUCAGAACUCUCCAAUCCCUGCUAAACUCCCAGACCCGGUUAAAGCAAGUGAAGCUGCUGCAAAGAAGAGUCAACCAAAGGCCAGGCUGACAGAUCCCAUCCCUACGACAGAAACUUCCAUAGCACCCCGCCAAAGACCUAAAGCAGGACAGACACAACCCAACCCUGGAAUUUUACCCAUUCAGCCAGCCCUGACGCCUAGGAAGAGACCCACGGCUCAAGCAGCCAUUCAGCCACAAGGACCUGCUGCCCUGGGCAGUGGUCAGCCUUCGCUUCCUGCAAGUGUCCCCCAGCAAAAAGCAGCACCUCAACAGACUCCGGCACAGCCACAAGCCAAGCAGGUGCCAGCUCCACAGCAGGCCUCGCAGGCUCAGCCCCAAGUCCCUUCAACUCAGCCACAAGCCACACCUCAGCAUCAACAGCAGCUUUUCUUGAAGCAGCAGCUUCUGCAACAGCAGCAGCAGCAACAACAGGCUGCCUAUUACCAGCAGCAGCAGAUGAUGCAAGCUCAGCAGUUCCCAGCUGUGGAACAAGUGGCUCAACAGCUGGUUGUUUCCCAGUUCCCAGUGAUGCAGCAAGGAGCACCAGCACAGCAGCAGCUGAUGCAGAACUAUUACCAGCAGCAGCAACAGCAGCAGCAGAUGAUGGCCCAGCAGGCAGCGAUGCAACAGAAGACAGCAGUAGCAGCAGUUCAGCAAAAGCAACAAGCCCCAGCGCCACCGCAGCCACAGGCCCAGCAAAGUGCAGCCCAGCCAGCGCAGCCACAGGAGCAAGUGAUGCAGGCACAAAUGAGGCAACAGCAAAAACCUCAAACCACACCCCCCACAGCAGUGCAAGGUCAGAAACUGGGCUCUCUCACCCCUCCGUCCUCCCCCAAAACGCAGCGUGCGGGACACAGGAGGAUUCUGAGCGACGUGACCCACAGUGCGGUUUUUGGAGUUCCAGCCAGCAAGUCUACCCAGCUCCUGCAGGCAGCUGCUGCCGAAGCCAGUCUCAACAAGUCCAAAUCUGCUUCCACCACUCCCUCGGGUUCCCCAAGGACCUCACAGCAGAAUGUCUAUAACCCACCCGAUGUCUCCACGUGGAAUCCAUUUGAUGAUGAUAACUUCUCCAAACUCACAGCUGAGGAGCUGCUGAACAAGGACUUUGCAAAGCUUGGUGACGGGAAGGCUCCAGAGAAGAUGGGCAGUUCCACAGAGAACUUGAUUCCAGGUUUCCAGCCGGCUUCAUCUACAACCCAGGCAGAUGCAUUUGGUGGCUCUUCCUUCACUGCUGGAUCGGCUGAAAAAACGAAAGACAUUCUGAGUUUGGACACUAGCCCUCCUCUUCUGACUGUGCCUGAUCCUUUCAUUCCUCUCCCAUUAUCCGACACACCAGAAAAACUGAUUGAGGGACUCAAAUCUCCUGAGACUGCGCUUCUGCUCCCUGAUAUCCUGCCUCUCGCUGACCCUUUCGGUAGCACGUCAGAUGCUGUGAAUGGAAAACCUGAUGUAGCUGUUGAGAGUCUCAUACCGGGCCUCGAGGCUCCGUUGCCCCAACGCCUUGUGUCACAGACCGAGUCGGUUGCCUCCAACAGAACAGACUCUCUCACUGGGGAAGACUCUCUGCUUGACUGUUCUCUGCUUUCUAACCCUGCUGCUGACCUCUUGGAUGAGUUUGCUCCUGUAGCUUUCGCAGCUCAACCUCACAAAGCCAGUGAAGAUACUAACCUGAUAUCAGGCUUUGAUGUUCCUGAGGGCUCUGAAAAAGUGACAGAAGAUGAGUUUGACCCAAUUCCAGUGUUGAUAUCCAAAAAUUCACAAGGUGGGCAUUCUAGAAACAACAGUGGAAGCUCUGAGUCCAGUCUUCCCAACAUAGCCAGGUCUUUACUGCUGGUGGAUCAGCUCAUAGACCUGUAG